UGACACACUGACAGCAGCUGCGGGUUACAUGGAAUGUCCUAGAAGAAGCUGAUUAAACGGAUAAAUGUUCCUGACCAGCUGAAAACACACCGAGCUCCGAGUCUGCACAAUGUUUGUGUAGCUAGUGCAUGAAAAGCAGUCUGUGGCUUUUAUUUACUGGACACCCUGGAUACUUUUCAUUAGAAGUUAUAAUAGGAGAGAAUCUGUUUUGAUGAUGGCGUUUGCCAUGCUGCGGCCGAUGGCGACUCACCUCGCGUACCCGGACCACAGCAUGCUGUCUGAGGACGAGGAGACGCGCAGUGAGAGCGACGGCAGCUCGGAGCAGAGCUACGGCUGCUGUGCGGAGAAGCGGCGGCGCAUGGUGCGCAAACCGGCCGUCAGCAGCGUGCUCAUCGUCAAACAGAGGAACGCGGCUAACGCGCGGGAACGCGACCGCACACAGAGCGUCAACACCGCCUUCACGGCAUUACGGACUCUCAUACCCACGGAGCCGGUGGACAGGAAGCUCUCCAAGAUCGAGACCCUGCGCCUUGCGUCCAGCUACAUCUCCCACCUGGCCAACGUGCUGCUCAUAGGGGACGGCGGCGAGGACGCGCAGCCGUGUUUAAGCGCCGUUUGCAGCGCGCAGGGAGAAACCGGAGGCAAACAACCACGCACCAUCUGCACCUUCUGCCUCAGCAACCAGAGAAAAGGGGUAAAAGACAGUAAAGAUUGUCUCAGGAUGAGGGGAAUCAGUUCCCUGCGCAUGAGCCGACGGUAGCUGGUAGAGCUGAAGGUGGCCAAACUCAGGGAGCAUGAAUAAAAAAUGAGAGAGAGAGAAAAGAGAAGAAGGAGAGAGAGAGAGAGAGAGAGAGAGGCGCACGAGGAGAGGCGCACUGAGAGCUUGCGCUGGAGCACGCAGAGACUCAAGGACUCGUAAGAGAUUCAAAAGACAGCUCUUUAUUGAUUUCUUUCAUGUAUUUGAACAUUUUAAUGCAGUGCAUAAACCUUUUUUUUGUUGUUGUUCUAAAGAGAAUUUAUAGAUUUUUCUACAAAUAUUGUGUGAAUCUCACAAUGAAUAAAAUAUAUUUUUGAUCAGA